UGAUUAAUUAUUCUAUUGGAUUAAUCUGAUCAAUCAAACCAAUAGUAAAUGAAUAUAAAUGCAUGUUUACUUUCAUGUUGAAUUUCAAUAAGUUAUUUCAUUUGGUUGAUUUGAAAAGUUAAUAGUUUAUUGUUAUCAAUUUUAGUCUUACGAGUGUCUCUUCAAAAUGAGAUUGUUGCAUUGGGAACAAUUUAAAUGUAUGUACAAAAAAGAUUGGACUAUUCGACGGCGACUUUAUACUCUCACCUUUUGGGAACUAAUCUUCCCGAUCGUUAUGGUUUUGGUUCAACUUUACCUUUUUCCCGAUCUUGAUCAAUCCCCAGAACCUUUCGGUGAAUCUUCAGUUAUAAUUGCAUCAAACGAUCGUUACUAUUUUCAUACGUUCUACUGUUAUAUCGUUGGAAAAACAAUUUUCUAUGCAUUACCUGAUGGAUCUACACCCGAUUUCCUUGGAUUGUCGAAGGAAAAAUGUGGAGCUGAAACAGUUCGCUUAGCUGAAGAUAAAGAAGUGAUCAAAGCUUGGGGAGAUCGAAUUGAGUCUGAACAUUUAUCAGUAGACAAUGGUCUUUUUUUCCACGAACUUGAUCCAGUUUUGGGUCGCGCCAAUUACUCACUCGGUGGCAACUCUUUCUAUUAUCCUGGUCCAUGGACUGAUCGACGAUAUAUACCAUUUUUAGAAUAUAUCGACGCACAGUCGGUAAUCAAUGAAUUGUUAGCCUUUUAUCCCAAUUACGCAAAGUUCAGAGAAUCAGAUUUCUAUUACGAUUUCACCGAUAAACUAUUUCAAGAAGGUAAUCCUAAAUCAGGUCACAUAAGAAUGAAUACCAAAUCGGAUGAGAAAACGGAACCAAUUUCACUAGUUAAAGCUACUGAUUUCUAUUUAUCUUACAUAUUCAUUGAGAUUGGUUUUAUUUAUCUAUCAAUUGUAAUGACCAAAACUCUACUUCGAGAAAAAGUGACCAAGUCAAAGGAUUUACUACGAAUUAUUGGUCUAAGUGAUAUCGUUUAUUGGGUCUCACAUUUUGUCGAUUAUUUCACUCUAAGUGUCUUCCAUGGGUCGGUAAUAACUUUUAUAUAUUCUGUAUCUAGUGAGACCCCAUUCCCUGGUUGGAAUGCUGGUAUUUUCUGGUUCAAUUAUCUAACCGAUAGUGUCACCAAUAUCUUAUUUACCUUUACCUUUACAACGAUACUUUCUCGACCUGUUGCUGGUGUUUUUAUCGUUCUUGUUGGUCAAGUAGUUUCAUCUAAUAUCCCUUUUGCUGCGAAAACAUCGUCAGUACUUCCUAAAGUACUCUCUUGCUUACUUCCAUGUGGUCAGUUACAUUUUUCGCUCUAUGAUAUGUUUUACUUUGGUCAAGUUGAAGGACAAUUGUCUUUCUCGCACCUCUUCAAGUACACUGGUGUUGCUGAUACAGUUAGUUUUAGUACCAUUUAUCUUGUUACCAUUUUCUCUUGGAUAUUGUACAUUGGACUCAUCUAUUAUCUAGACUCAGUUUGGCCUUGGCAAAUUGGUUCACCUAAGCCAUGGCAUUUUCCUAUCUCAGAAUUUUUAACAAGAAAAGGGGAAAAUAGAUCAAUCAAUAGAUCAGCGCUUGGUAUGAGUGAAUUACAAAGCGGUGCUAAUCGAAACCAGGAUAUUGGUAAUAAUAAUGAACCAGUAAUGGGAAAUCUGAGACCAAGUAUUCGUUGUAACGACUUGUACAAAUCGUUUGGGCCAACAGGUUCGAAAGAGUUCGCAGUUAAUGGUCUCAAUGUUAAUAUUCUCAAGGGUCAAAUAACUGUACUUUUGGGUCCCAAUGGUGCUGGAAAAACGACCACAAUGUCCAUGAUCACUGGAAUAUUAAAACCUUCAUCUGGUAGUAUUUAUGUAAAUGAUAUUGAUGUUCAUACGAACACGUUAGCUGCUCGUCAGAGUCUCGCUUUGUGUCCUCAAAAUGAUUUACUAUUCGAAGAUCUUACUGUUCGAGAAAAUUUAGAAGUAGUAGGUAUGUAGCAUAACGUGAAAGAGGAGGAGUCUGUGAAUGAAAAAAUAAAAUUAUAUGGCCAAGACUAAAUUUUAAAAGAGUCAUAAACUGGCGUAGCCUCAGGCAGUUUUGUCCAUUAACGUUCGGAAAUGCAAUAAUUGAUAAUAAAAUAAAGUGAAUCAAUAUAACUAAUAGCUGAUUGCUAAGAUCACUCAAACAAAUCAACGUUAAUGUUAAAUACAAGAAAAUGUUAUGGAUUGAUUGUUUCAAUUUAUUACUAAAGUCACUUAAACAUUUUAACGCUAACAUAACAGGAAAAAGUUUUAAACAAUUGAUACGAUUUAUUAGUUAAAG